GCAAGAGUGUACAGAAACAGUUAGUGACACCUUGGUAUAGAGUCAGCUGAGAGAGCUGCUAGCUUCAGCAGGCAAGUGCCAUUAUGAUGAAUGUUUACAGCACUUUUUUGAGAGCCAAUUAUCUGCUUCUGUGUGAGUCAUGGAGAUCAUUUAGGCUGGUAGCAUGCACAAAGCAACAGCGGAGCUUUCUCAUUUUCACAAAGACUGUGGAACAUGUGAAAGAAUGAAAUGCUUUAUCACAGGCAGGUUGCUGCCUUUUUGAUGACAUCUAAAAAGAGUUGAAUGCAAACCACAGGUUUAAAGAUAUUCAUAGAAGCACAUUUUAGAGGCAUUUCAAGAAAAAGAACUGAAACGAGCUUGACCUUUCAAGACACGCACAUCAAUAAUGAUCCAUUGAAUAAACAGUAUAAACUAACCUCAGUUUUAAAAAAGGGAUGUUGCUGAUAAGAUAACCAUCUGAAAACUUUUUGCAGAUUUAGAGGAAAGAAAAGACCAAGGUCUACAUAAAUCAGAUUUUGGAAUAAUAGGAUCUGAAUCAUGAGCAGUAUUAUAUUAUCAUACGCUUUCAAAAAAGGAGCUAUACUAAUUAAGUGACCACGUUAGAUUCCAAAGAAAGAUAUCUUGCUUCAAGAGCAUCUGUCCCGUUGUUCAGAAGAGCAUAUUCCUCUCUCAGAAUGUUUUAAAUCACUGAAAAAGAAUUCAGGAUUUCAAGAAUUCAAAAUUUCCUUAUUCACUUGGAAACAUAAUUCUUUCCUACACUAGGAGCUUAUAAGUGCUGAGGUAUGGAAGAGACCAAUCAGAAAUGCAUUAACAGAUGGCUUCUGAGGACCGCUGUUUCUAAAAAAUGAGGAAAAAGGAAGAGUCUCUGGAUUGAAAUUAACUUUGGGCCUUUGAAGAACUUUUUACUUAAAACUAAAUACAGCAUAUUGCCAUUUAUGCGCUUCCAUUUUCUCAGUGGUCUUCAAGAUCAACACUACUUCACCAUGAGGAUAAUGUGGAAGUACCUGGAUAAAAUGAGGUGUUUUCGUAAGCGUUCAACAAUACCUUUUCUUGGAAUCCUUAUUACUUGUCUUCUUUUUGUGAACCUUUAUAUAGAAGAUGGAUAUGUUUUGGAAGAAGAUAAAAGAAUGAUGCGUGAAACAUCGACCCAUCAACUGAAUUCAGAAAGAUAUGUUCACACAUUUAAAGAUUUAUCAAAUUUCUCAGGAACAAUAAAUGUUACCUAUCGUUACCUUGCUGGGUCACCUUUACCGAGAAAAAAGUUUCUUACAAUAGGACUCUCAUCUGUCAAAAGAAAAAGGGGGAACUAUCUACUAGAAACAAUCAAAUCUAUUUUUGACCAGUCGAGCUACGAGGAACUCCAGGAGAUUGUUGUUGUUGUUCAUCUGGCAGAUUUUGACUUAAACUGGUGUGAAACUUUAGUUCAGGAUAUCACAAGGAAAUUUGCUCACCAUAUUAUAGCAGGCAGACUUCUUGUUAUCCAUGCUCCAGAAGAAUAUUAUCCAGUACUAGAUGGUCUUAAAAGAAAUUACAAUGACCCAGAGGAUCGUGUUAGAUUUAGAUCCAAGCAAAAUGUUGAUUAUGCUUUCCUGUUGAACUUCUGCACCAACCUCUCUGAUUACUAUAUGAUGCUUGAGGAUGAUGUCCGUUGCUCUAGAAACUUUUUGACUGCAAUGAAAAAGGUAAUUACCUCAAGGGAGGGCUCCUACUGGGUAACACUGGAGUUUUCUAAGCUAGGAUACAUUGGGAAGCUUUAUCACUCUAAUGAUCUCCCUCGACUGGCUCACUUCCUAUUAAUGUUUUAUCAAGAGAUGCCUUGCGAUUGGUUGCUUAUCCAUUUUCGAGGUCUUCUUGCACAAAAAGAUGUUAUACGCUUUAAACCAUCUCUAUUUCAGCAUAUGGGAUACUAUUCUUCAUAUAAGGGAGCUGAAAACAAACUGAAGGAUGAUGACUUUGAAGAAGAUUCGCUUGAUAUUCCUGAUAAUCCUCCAGCCGGUUUAUAUACAAAUAUUAAUGUCUUUGAAAACUAUGAUGCAAGCAAAGCCUACAGCAGUGUGGAUGAGUACUUCUGGGGAAAAUCACCUUCUGCUGGUGACUUUUUUAUAAUUGUGUUUGAUAAAUCAACAAGGAUAAGCAAGAUUAAAAUUACCACAGGAACAGAUGAUCGUCAAAAUGAUAUUUUGCACCAUGGAGCCUUAGAAGUUGGAGAGAAAGUAAUUGGAACCAAAAAAGGCAAGCAAUGUUCUACCUACAUCACACUUGGGGAAUUUAAAAAUGGAAACUUUGAAGUUUAUGAUGUUGAACAUAAAAUUACAUUUCCUAUUGAAUGUGUGAGAAUUGUUGUUACAGCCAGUCAAAAAGAGUGGCUUAUUAUAAGGAGUAUAAGUCUGUGGACUACACAGUCUUCUAAUCAAUAGGACAACAGUGACUUAAUUACUCCAUUUCACAAAGGCAAUAUAUAUGAACUGUUUAUAGCUAUCUCUAUUUUCCCCUCUGGAUAGUCUCAGACAUUGUUUAGUGCUUCAUAUUGAAUAUACGACAAUUACUGAAAAACACAUUUAUCAAUGGUUUCCAACAUCGACUGCAUUAUUUAUUAAUUCUCAAGGUAAAAAGAUGUACAUUUGGAGAAUACUUCAUGAGAGAUAAGAAUAUGUCUGUUGAAACAACAAAAAGAAAUAAAUAAAACAGGGGCAGUGGCA